AUGGCAACGCCAAGUGGAGCUGGAGCCGGUGGAUCCAAUCCACCAACACCUUUUCAAGUUCAACAGCCAACCAUGGGCAAACUGAUGCUCAUUGACAGUGAUGGAAAGCAGGUAGCUGUUGUCGGAGGAGGUGCCCCAAAGGAUGACUGGUCCGCCCUAGACCCAGCUCGACUCGAGCCCUAUUGUGCAGGCCAGAUCCGUACCAUCCUCUAUGACGGCAAACAUCGAGCCUACCGUGUGAAAGGACUCGAGACCAAGUUCAACCUCAAAGGAAACCUGCGAAUGUUUCAGCGUGACGUCAUUCAACAUCUUGUGGCAAAUGGACUUGACACAAUCGCCUACGUACCUCAUUGCCAAACUGGUAUACCUGUGCAUGUUGUCGAGGAGCAUCCCUCCUUCACGAUUGAGAGUGUGAGGAAGCAAGUUUCUGCUCAGCUCCUCAAGUACGACAAGUAUGACUCCGCCAACGACUCUGAAGCCAAGCUCUUUCUUGAGAAUAGUUUGGAACCGAGUUUGCUUGAGAAGUUGACAAUGCGAAUCAAGACAACAGACUCAUUCCCAGUUGUUUUCAUUACCUUGAUGUACUUGAACCGAUCUCAAUCAGUUCACCGUUUUGAGGCUAUCAAGGAGAGCAUCAGAAAGCGCAAGCCAUCGGACUACCCUGGAGAGGACAUUUCGUUGAUGUCGGAAGAUCACAAGAUUGACGCCAAGGAAUUGGUCAAGGCUGGCCAAUACCAUCAUUUCCUCACAGGGUCCAUGCUGGACGGUUAUCUCAAGGCUGGUCCAAAGGAUCACAACUUGUACUGUCACAACCUGUUGAGCGAGAGUCAGAAACUUGAGCGAGCAUUGUUGGACAUUGGAUACAUGUAUAGAACUGCAGCAGACGUUCAUGUGGCCUCCGAGCGUCUUACCUAUGAGGAUGUCUCUGAUCUUGCAGAGGACAACUACCGCAAGCUCAAGGACAAAGGUGAAUGGACCCCAGCUCUCUCCACCGUCUGA